AUGGGUAUCAUAGGGAUGAAGUCUGUGCUUAGGACGGACCCAGCUGGCCAUUUUCCAGAGUGCUUUACGACAACAGCACGACCAUACCUGCGCUUCUUGCCUCAGGCAGUGGAUCCCUACUUCUGCGCGAUCUACGAGACUAUUCAGCGUCUACCUCAAGCACCGGGAGCACAUGCAUUGAUCGCUCAGUUGCUCAGGUUCGGCGUAACUUUCGUGGGUGUGGUCGUGUAUGAAGGUACACGUCAGGGUUCUUCCUGGCUCAAUCCGGCAGAGCCUCAUUUGCUUGUGGCUCAGGCAACGUCUGGAGCUGCGGCAAUACCAUUGUAUUUCUCAGUCAUCCAAGCUCGACGAGAACGGGAGCAAGAUUUUGAGUCAACGCCGCCAAAGCCUACGCCACAAGACGCGUGGGCUACACUCAUCAGUGUCACUCUGGGUUAUGCUCUGCCAUGUUGGUAUGCAUCGCAGAUAUCUUGGCGUGGCAACGCCUUGCUGCUAGUCCUGCCAUAUCCGAUCUACAUCCUGGCAAUGCGAAUCCUGCUUCGCUCUUCACUCGCACCUCUGUUAAAAGAUGCUUCGUACAAGAUCCCUGUCCUGAUGCAAGCUAGCUUGGGCUUCACAGUCUCCGCGAUUGGCCAACUCAAACUUCUAGGCAGUCACAUACCUAUUCACGAGAUACUACGUCCACGAGUGGGUGUGGACUUCACUGGCGACCUUCAUGCCAUGCUACUUGCGGAUCUUGCCAUCACGGCUACCGGUCUAGCUAGUCAUGUGGUCCUUCACUCAUACUCGAAUCGAUCAGUCUUGACAAAAGCAGUGCUGCUGGCUUCGAUGGCAGCUGGAAGCCUAGUCGUGGGACCAGGCGGCGCAAUAUCGGUUGUGUGGGCGUAUGCAGAGCUUUCGAACAUGAACAAAGCUGAUACCGAUACCUCCAAGUCGAAAGCGAAACACUCGGAGCAGCAGCCUCUUCUUCAGGCACAGACGCGGUCGAGCUAG